AUGAUGCGUCAAGGCACCGUCCGAGCCCCACCAUCUCGAAUUAUUGACCGUUCGUUUUUCCCUCACCUAAAUUUUUUUUUCAAAUUUCUAACAUUUCCGUUAUAGUUUUUUUUUUGAAUCAAAACACAAAAAUCAAUGAAAUUUUCAUUUUUAAAGCAAUGUACGAGCCAAAAAAAAAAUCGAAGAAAUUUUGAUGUAGAAAUCUUGUUUCCAUCCAGUGUAUAAGCCUUGAAGACGAUGUUAUCUGAAUUAUUUAUGCCGACGGAUGCGGAACCCUAAUUAUUCAGAGAAUUUCUAACGAAAUCCUGUAAAUUGCUGACGUGAUUCUUGAGAUUUCACUGCAAAAUCAUUAAGAUUUUGAACACUUUGCUUAUUUUUUUGUUUCUGUAAGAUUACAACUUCUAAUGAGAAUCUAUUUCAGCUCAUUUAAAGGUCAACUACACGGUUUGCGGAUGGGUUAUCACUGUUCUCAGUUAUCUUUUCGUUUUCGUAACUCUUCCAUUGUCAGCUCUUUUCUGUGUCAAAGUGAGUCUUCCAAUAAUUCUUCAGCCUGUUCAAAAAGCUGGGAGUUUUCAAAUAACAUGAGAAGAAUAACAGAAACACGAACGGAAAACUGUUUUAGCUUCUUCAGUUCAUGCCAAAAUUAAGCUCUUAUUCAUCCCAGAAAACACAUGUUGAUCUGAUUAUUGGAAUUGUUCAAGUUGAGUUAAGGUUGUGCAAGAGUAUGAACGGGCAGUUAUAUUUCGACUCGGUCGAUUGAAACACGGCAGGGCGAGAGGACCAGGUUCGGCUUUUCAUCUUCGAGCUAAGAAAAAAACCUUUCAGGGAUAUUUUUCAUCGUGCCGUGUAUUGAUUCUUUCAAAAAGAUUGAUUUACGCGUUGUUUCCUUUGACGUGCCUCCACAAGAAGUUUGAUUUGAAUUCCAUUUUCUUCCAAGUUUUUUUCAGAUUUUAUCAAAAGAUUCCGUUACGGUUGCUGUAGAUGCUGUCGUGUAUUUUAGGAUAUCUAACGCUACUGUUUCUGUGAGUUUUUCUUCAUUUCCUUUUUUUCACUCUGAAAAUGUGUUUUUAGGUAAUAAACGUCGAAGAUGCGUCAAGAUCAACGAAGUUAUUGGCGCAGACAACACUGAGAAACUUUUUAGGAAUGCGAACCUUGGCUGAAAUGCUUUCAAGCCGCGAUGCAAUUUCCAUGCAAAUGCAGGUCCGUUUGGAUGAUUUCCAUUCAAUCCGUAAAUGUUAAGUGCUAUUUUCGUUCUAAAAUUGGAAUUUCUUUCCUUACUUCUGACUUAGAGCUUUUGAAACUUUGUUCCGUUGCAAAUCGUUUUUCUCGCGUUUGGAACAUAUUCUUCCUAGAGGAGAACCAAAAUCUUCGUUUCUAUUUCCUGUCAAUCAAACAUCCUUCAAGAGAAGUUUUUUCUGAGACACUACUACGCCUUUUUUGUGCAAGUUCCGAGAAGUUUUCCACAACCUUGUUAGGUUUUUUUAGACCAAAAGUACAUUGAAGUAGGCCAUUUUCUACAUAAUUUAAUAAUUCCGUUCUAAAAAGGACUUUUAGCGAUGAAAUUCAUAGACUCUAAGAAUGAUGAUUUUUUUUUCUUUGAUAAGUGUGAGGGCUGAUUUGAACUUCGUAGUUUUGUGGCCUAUUGUUUUCUAAAACGAACAGCCGAAAAAAGUUCAGGCGGCGUUAGACGAGGCGACGGAUCCCUGGGGAGUCAAAGUGAGCUUUUUUGUUGGACGGCUCGCAACAAUAUUAACGUUGAUUUAUAGGUGGAGCGGGUAGAAAUUAAAGACGUAAGGCUUCCUGUUCAACUUCAACGCGCAAUGGCAGCAGAAGCUGAAGCUGCUCGCGCCGCUGGAGCCAAGGUUUCUUUUUCUAUGUGUCACUAUUUUGACCUCACCAAUCUUCCAUUUAUUUAUUCAAAGUUCUUCACGAAGUGCUUCUUUUUCAGAUUAUCGCUGCCGAGGGAGAGCAAAAGGCUUCGCGCGCACUCGCCGAUGCAGCCGAUGUGGUAAUUUCCGCUCGUGUUCUAGGUCGUUUCAUGGCAAAAAUGCCCGGAAAUUGCUGCGGACGAUUCUAAAGCCAAAGUAUCGAGAAUUUUUACAGAUUGCUAUGUCGCCCAGUGCUAUACAACUACGAUAUCUUCAAACUCUCAACAGCAUCAGGUAAGCUCAUUCGAAUUUCGGAACGCAAAGAAAACGAUUUUUUAACAUCCCUCGCAUUUUUGAUCAGUUUUUCACGUUAAGAAACCGCAAAAACAUUUUCAGAAAAAUCCUGUUAUAUUUUUUUCAGCAUCUUGAAAAAAAUAAAAAUUACCAGCGAAAAACUGAAAAACUUUCUGAUUCAUAUUCAAAUUCAAAUAAAAACAUUUUUCAUGGGAGAAAUGAUUAAAAAAAGUUCCAAUGGAAAAUCGCCAUCCUGUCGGUAACCACAAAACGUCGCAAUCAGUUAAGAAAACUAUUUGAUAUUUUUCAGUUCGGAAAAAAACAACACGAUCAUUUUCCCGUUCCCGACUGAACUGAUUGCCAGAAUGGUUCGAUCGUCGGCUGCCUGA